GUAAAUGUUGUACAAUAAUUAACUGUCAAAGGUAGAUCGAAGUGUUUCGAGUGAGUGAUUCUCACAAAUUAAUCGACGUUUUCCUAAAACUAUAGCGCAUCUAAAUAAGUUAAAUCACCACAAUAUAAUUACAAUGGUUUGUUGGGAAAAGUGAAAUUAUCGGAUAUUACUGAGUGUAUGAUUUUGAUGUGUUUACGGUGUGUGGUUCAUUUAUUUGGUCACGUCUUCUUUUCGCUUCGCAUAGAUGCGGCUGCUCCCACGUAUUCUUGGACAAUAUAAAAUUCAAGUAUUCCAAAUAUUAUGUUUAUUGAAAACACUUUGCGAUCAAGCCGUACUAUGGCGUUUUUUAGAUGAUGAAAACCGCGGGAGGAACGACGACAUCACCUAAUUUUAUACAAACUUAUAUACUAUAAUGUGACUGUGUGAUACUUUUUUUAAACGGACUUUAGUGCCUUACGAAACUUACCGCCUAAAAAGUACUUAAUAAGUUUGGCUUAGUCAGGAAGGGCACAUGUUGUUCAAUGGAUACCGAUAGGAAAAAAGAUUUAAAAGUUAAACAUAAAAAAAAUCGACGUAAAAAUGAAAAGAAGGAAAAAAUGGAAGCAACCAAUACGGAUUUAAAAUUGGACAAUAUGUGUAAUCAAACCAGCAGGCUGACUGACGGUAAUGGUAGUGAGUCGGGGAGCUCUACCGACAGCGAGGACUUAGUCAAUGCUAUAAACUACAACACCAUUACGUCAUUAGCAGCGCUCAAGGAUAUCAUACAGGGUGACAAUAAUGAUACACCAGAGACUGAUAGUUUCUUCCAACAUUAUUUUAUGAACCAUUGUAAUAAUCUUUCAAGUAGAAAUAUACCUCCAAACUCACCGUUCCCAUAUACUGAGCGUCGACGUCUAUCUCAAUGCCGCGAAGAAGACGAAGAAGACGACAAAAGGGAAAACGAUCCGCCUGCACCUAUUUUAUUUUCUGAGAUAGAAUUGGGAAAGCCGCAUCAGUCUAUUUCAGAUAUUUUGGCCAAAGAACUUAGCUUAAGUGAUGGCAGCGAAGUAAAGCGCAGUAACGCGGAGAAAGAUAAGUCACCAGAUGAUUUGUAUGACAACGAGGAUGAUCACGCGCGUUUAAACCGAACUAUUAUGGGAGCGAAACAUAAGUUUCUAGUAACAACGACAGAGCCACCCCUGGCGUCCGUUGAAAGGGCACUACGCUCUCAUAUACACAAUGCUCACACUGUACAUUUCGGGACUAAGGGUGCUGAAGAACAGAGACCGAGUAUGCGAUCUAUUUUUACAGGACAGAAUCUCCAUCGUGAUAAAAAUUAUUUUGAUAGUAGCUUGAUAGAAAUUCGAAGUACGGUCGACGAAAUCCCCACGAGCUCCGAAGAUAUAUGGGUUAAGAGAACUGAGGAUAAGACGGAUGCUGCGUUAAUAAAACAAACAAUAAUACAAGAUACACCAGCUUCGAUCACUAAUAAUGAUACAGAAAAACAAAAUGAAAAGCCUGAAACAAAUGAAACUGAAAUGCGUGAUUCAAAGACGUCUGAUAAGAGCACGGAGAGUGUGCGAUCUCGGUCUGGUACUUGGAGUUUUCGUAUGACGCCCAAAGAAAAAGAUGCUUUGAAUAAAAUUCAAUAUCGUCGCGAGAAGGACUUGCGGCGUAGCAGUGAUGAAAGGCGACAGAAACGUGAUAACCGGCUCGAUGCUGCGAUCACACGCAGCUCACAGUCAGUAGGCGAACGCAAACGCAGGGGUUCUAACGAUGACGGACAACCCCACCCUAUGUACCAACAAACGAUACAUGGCACCUCCGGGGUCAGUCGCAGACCGGCAUUGUUCGAUAUAUUUAAAUCGAAACCUAAAACCGGAGAUGCGAAGAAACAAUCAUCGAUCAUGCAACAAGUCAAAGCUGCCGUCCAGAGUAUUACCAAAUCAUCUGGUGGCUCUUCGACUAAGGAAGUUAAACAAGAACCUUCCAAACCGGAAGCCUCCACGAGCAGCACCACGCCAGUGGUGAAAGUGAGAGACGGAUCAGCUCACAAACAUGCCGGAAGCGACACAAGGUAUUACCACACAUUGACGGCAUCGUCGUCCCGACGUCCUAGCGCCAUGGCGAAGGUCAUGGAAAUGUUUCGAGGUCGUUCAUCCGUCCCGGGUCAAGCUCCGCCAACGGAUGCUGCCGAAAAAAGAAAAGCGAGGGCAUUGGCUCAGCAACAACACUACGCUACAGCGGGAGCACAUCUACGCAGGGCUGCCUCGCAACAAGCUGAAAAACGCAGGUCGUCUCUCGGCAACGUGCCUGUUAACAGACACAGAGCUUCAGAUGCAUUCUUGGAUCCUCAUCAUGCCGCCAUUCUCUUCCGCGAUUCCAGAGGGCUUCCCGUCGCUGACCCGUUCCUGGAGAAAGUUAGCCUUUCGGAUUUAGAGGAAGAUGAGUCGCAAAUAUUCGUCAAGUUCUUCAAGUUUCACAAGUGCUACGAUCUGAUACCAACCUCGGCGAAGCUGGUCGUGUUCGACACGCAACUCCUGGUCAAGAAGGCUUUCUUCGCCCUUGUUUACAAUGGCGUGCGAGCCGCCCCGCUGUGGGACUCGAACCAGCAGCAGUUCGUUGGUAUGCUGACUAUAACGGACUUCAUCAAGAUACUACAGAUGUACUACACGAGCCCCGACGUCAAAAUGGAAGAGCUCGAGGAACACCGCCUCGAGACGUGGCGCCGCGUGUUGAAAGGUUCAGUGAUGCCGCUCGUAUCGAUCGGUCCUGAUUCUUCACUGUUCGAAGCCAUAAGGAUGUUGAUCACGAACCGCAUCCAUCGUCUACCGGUCAUCGAUCCCGACACCGGCAACGUGCUCUACAUACUGACGCACAAGAGGAUACUGAGAUUCCUCUUUUUGUAUAUAAACGAAUUACCAAAGCCGUCGUACCUGAAGAGUAAGAUUCGCGAUCUCCGCAUCGGCACCCUAAGCGACAUCGAGACCGCCACCGAGGAGACCUCGAUCAUCGAAGCCCUGAAGAAAUUCGUGAACAGGCGCGUUUCGGCGUUGCCCCUGAUCGAUCCCGAAGGACGUUUGAAAGACAUCUACGCCAAGUUUGACGUCAUUAACCUGGCAGCCGAAAAGACGUAUAAUAAUCUGGACGUUACAUUGAAAACGGCAAACGAACAUCGGAACGAGUGGUUCGAGGGCGUUCAGAAAUGUAAACUCGACGAAACACUCUUCGAUGUUAUGGAAAGAAUCGUUCGGGCCGAGGUACAUCGUCUAGUUGUCGUCGAUGAUGACGAUAAAGUCAUCGGAAUUAUAUCUCUCUCGGAUCUGCUAAUGUAUCUUGUCCUACGUCCUACCGGCGAGUGUGGCGUCACCAGCUUACGCAACGAACACGCGCCCAUAGAAGAAAAGGACGAGAACUUGAAUCCCGAAGACGUAGCAGAAUCCGGAGAUGAUAAAUCAACAGUUUCAAAAGAACAAGACGAUAGCGAAGAACGCACUCAGUGCCAAGAGUAAAACAAAUGCGAUUCCGCGUCUUCAAUUUAGUUAACGGCUUCGCGAUCUCCAUCACGACGCCAUUUUGUUUGCAUUGAUAUUCAAAAUGGCCGCGGUGAUUAAUGGAUUACAGUCAGUAAUUUUUUUUUUUGGAAUCUUAUGUACAAGAUAUCUGAUUGCAUUCAGUCCGUAAAAAAUAUUUUUUUCAUCUACAUACAUAUAUCUAUGGUUGGUGUUCCUUCGUGAAAUCUUUGUCGACGCGGUUGUGAAUUAAUACAUGUAUGCAAUAAUACAUUGUAUGCAAUACAUUUAAUGUAAAAACAGUCUUGUUUUUUCCAAAAAAAAAAAAAACGAAAACCAAAAUAUCAUUCUAAUUUUGAUAUAAUAUUUAUUUUAUUCCGUUUCGUUUCCAUUUUAUACAAGUUUUUUUUUUGAGAAAUGUUUACUUUGUAUUUGUACUGAUUUGUUCAGCUGACUUGUAUGUACCCUGCAUAUAACGUGCAUAUAACAGUUGAAAAAUAUAUAUUAGAAUUAUGUUUUUUUUAGAAAGCGCUCUUACCAGUUUGUAUUGCAUUGCGUUUUUUAUUACGAACAUAUUUUAAUUAUAGGGUGAUUGAUAUAUCGUUAUGUAUGUAUGUACGGUGAUCGUAAUAAUACCACCUUACAGUAUGUACGUUCGGAGCGUGAGCAUUAAUUUACAUAAAAUAAUAAUUAUAAAAACAUUAUCACAAUCAAGUGCAAUAAAAAGAACAAUCCAUAAUAUUACUUUGGGACUCACAAUUUUUGUUUUCUUUUAUAAUAUUUAUUAAUUUGUUGUGUAAUCUGAUUCCUACUGAGAUUUGACGUUUUCGUGCAUAUUAAUGUAGUGUAACAACACAUUUUAAUAAAAAAAAUACCAUUCAUUAAAUUGUAUUUUUUUAUGAUAUUGAACAGAACAAAAGAAACGAUCGAAUUUAUUUUACGGAAACUUAAUUUAUUCUUAGAAUGUAUUUUUUUUUCUUUGUUAUUAAUUUAGUUGACCGCAAUUUUAAUAGUUCUCGGUUGCUCAAUCAUUCUGGAGUGUCAAUAAUUUUUUUAUAAAUUACAACUUAGAAACUUGUCUUUGUAAGAUAUCAGAAUAUGGAUGUGAAGGUUUUUUUUCUUCAGUUUCUAAGUAAAUUAGACAUGAUUAGAUUCCUGUAAAACGUUUGACGUGAAUUAUUUAUUGCAGGAAGCGACUUAUGUAACAGUAACGAUUAUCAUUAAAUUCUAGUAGCAUAUCAGUUUUUAGAUUAUAAAAUUGUAUGUUGAUAAAGUAAAAAUAAAAUAAAACUCAAAAAAAAAAAAUAACUUGUACUUGAGAUAAAGUGAGAGAAUAUAAUACAUAAUACGCAACAUUUUCCGACUUCUUAAAAUGUAAUAUAAAUAAAACAUACCUUAAUAUGGGUAGUAAUUAUACCUUUCCCGGAGUCGGAAUGGCAACAUUAUACUAUGUCGAUAUAGACAAACAAAGUUCUAUAUUAAAUGAAACGAAUGAAACACCGUCGUUUUCUUAGUUCAUAUUCAAUGAACGCGUAAUGUAAAGCGAAGUGCUUCCGGAACCGUUGACGCGGUGCGUUUAAUUGUGUUACAUUGCGUGUAAUGUUAAUACGUUUGUAAGAUGAAAAAUCUUGAAGGAUGUUGUACUUGGUAAAUUAUGUACUAUAUCCUAUUUACUUUUACAGAGAGGGCGCUGCCGUUUCCCGCUUUGUACGGCUUUUAUUUAAAACCGUUUUAUAAUUAUUACGAUUGGUGGCUGACAGUGUAAAACCGAGCGGCGACGCCUUCUAACAAAGAUGAGUAAAUGUAUGGUAAAUAGUGAGCCAAAAUUUGUGUAACUUAUUUAGUUUCCGCAUAUUAGUAGAUAUAAAUUUAAAUCAAAAGUAACUAAUAAUACACGUACAUAGAUUUAAAAAAAAAAAAACAAAAACAAAAGAGACUUCCAAAAAUGAUAUGAAAUUAACUUACACGGGUUACAAUGCAUAAUGCUGUUUUUUUACAUAUGUUAUCUGCUACCACAUCUGUGAUAAAAGGAAUAUGAAAAAUUAUCCAAUUAAAAACAAAAAUAAAAACUAUUUUUUCUAUUCGUACCAUUACUUACAUCUUUUUUUUAAAGCUACACUAAAAGAAUGGUGAAUUUUAUAUUUCUCGUUUAGAAGUUAUAAAAAAAUGUAAUUACUAAUUUUCAAUGUUUAAAAUGUUUUUACAUUGACGGUGAAUGUAUUUUUGUUUAUUGAAAUAGUUCAGUUAGGCCUCGUUGGGUAUAUAUACGUGGUAUAAAAAGGUUAUUUCUAAUUUUAAAAUUAAAUUGUUUUACCAAUUGGCGGUUCAUACACAGAGUAAAUAAACACGUAUAUAUACAAGUCCUAGCGUUUAAAUCUGUAGUAUCUUAUUUUUGUAUCAUAUUUAUGUAUAUCGUAUAUCGAAAUAUCGUAUUUUAAUUAAAUUGUUUGUACUACAUAUAAAUACUAUCAUUGUAAAAAUGAUAAAAAACAAUUAUUUAAAGGAAAUGUAACAACGCUCACGCUUACCGUAAAUAUAAUAAAUGUGUAAUUUAUGUGUAGAACGUAACCAGUAGAAGUAUAUGUUAAAGUUAUUAUUUAAUUUAAAAGAGAGAAAAAAAAACAUAAUAUGUUUAAAAAAAAUGAGAAUCUGUUUUCUUUUGUAUGAAUAUAGUUUUUUUUUUUUUAAUAACUUAUUCCGCACUCAAUCUGUGAAUCGUAGGUCCGGAAUUUCUAUAUCAGAACUGGGCACUCUUUUUUUUAAUAAUUUUUUUAUGUAAUGUGUAUUCAAGAGUGCUCGGAGUCGGUGUGUUCGGAUUUUAAUAACAUUGAUGACGUCAUCUGUAACGCGUGUAUAUAACAGCUCACGUUGUCUGUUAUUUUUCUCAGUCGUGAGGCUCUUAGCAGAGCAGUCAGUCGUGGUUACGUUAAACCAGAAUGUACUGAAUCCUAUACGAUUCGUCUCCACCAAUCCGGAAACGAUGCCUAUCUCUCAUCAAAGUGACCGUCUUUACUAGGCCAGCUCAACUUGUGAGGCUAUAAUCGUGUAAACCAACACCUGGACAUGUGUAAAUAUUUUAAUCCAGUCAGCUGGUCUGGUAAUCAGACUGUACUGGACUGUCUGUGGAGAUUGGCCUGUACUGUCUCCGUGAUUUUUAGCUUCCCUUGAUUCGAAACGCUGUUCCCUAUGCUAUACUAAUCAAACGAACGUCAUCUAUCCACUAGCCUUUGUUUGCAGCGCGCUAAGGUUCUAUUUGCAUGUAAACGGCAUUACGGGAUUUUUUUUUAUCAAUAAAUAUAAAAUACUUAAUGUUCGAAAAUGAUUGGUAAUUUAAUAUCAAAUAUUUUGUUUGAAACGGAAAAGAGACCAGAAUUUGAUACGUGCUAGUAAAAACAGGCCAUGUUUUCCUUUUAAUAUGAUUUUUAAUUUGUUUUUUUUUUACUUUAUCUAGUUUAAAAUGUAAUUCGAACAGACUCCGCGACUAAACCAAAAGAAUGUUCGUAUAUGAAUAUUUCGUAUACGACUAUGCUAAGAUGAAACUAGAACCAAAAAAACUUAUGCGGAUCGUUACUUUAUUAAAAAGAAAAGAGGGUAGAUUUAACUAAAACUCUAUGGAGUCGAUGUAUGUAAUAAAAAUCCACAUAUUUAUCGCUUCGUUGAUACGAAUAUACUUCAUUUCUAAUAUCAAAUCAUAAAUAUUAAUCGCACUAAUUUUUUUAUUUGUAGGUAUCACUUUGCGCAAUAUAAUAUUUGCAAUGAUGACUACAUUAUAGUUAGUGAUUAUGGCCACACUAAAAACUAUCCUUCAUGGCUGAAAUGUACCCGCGUGACAAUACAUUGACAUCAAACAAAUAAUAUAAUGUUUCUUAAAAGACGUAUCGUCAUUAAAAAUGUAAAAUAUAUUUAGUAGUUUGUCGAUGUCAUAAUAAUGUACCGUGAUACUGUAUGAGAACUCAAUAAAACCUUUUUUCUGUCUUUAAAA